CACUCAAAUGCGAAGGUUUUGUAAAUUUAUUUCUGCCGAAUUGCUGCCUCUAUCCAUCGUCAUACUGGUGUAUUUUUCCAUAAUGCAUUGGCAUACCGAACUAUCAAGAACCAAACUUACUCGUACAACCAUUGCACGAAAAGGGAGCCCGGAAGCCACGUUCAAGCAGACAGAAGCCUGCAACUACGAUGUUGACUUGCUAGUCAUGAUCAACAGUGCAAUCUAUAACUUCGAUCUGAGAGAGUCUCUUCGGUUUACAUGGUUACAUCAUUUGAAAAUGAGAAAAUUGGUUGUUAGGCACGUAUUUGUCGUCGCGGAGACGGAAGACCAUGAGGUUCAAUGGAAACUUAAUCUGGAGAGCAGAACCCAUGGCGACAUUAUACAGGGUGAUUUUAUAGAUAACUAUUAUAACAACACAUUAAAAAUGAAACUGAUUCUGCAUUGGAGCGCAUCGUUCUGUUCUAAGAUACAUUUUCUACUAAAGGCGGAUGACGACAUUAUUGUGAAUCCAUUUCACAUGUAUAGCGUGCUAAAGUUGUACGCAGGGAAGCAAGAUCUUCUAGUUGGUAGAAUAAGGCGAAAUAUUAGGCCAACCAGAGACCCAGUUCACAAAUGGUACAUUUCAUCUGAUGAUUACCCGAAUGCAACUUACCCCGACUAUCCACUUGGGUUUGGCUACCUUAUAUCUGGUGAUUUAGUUCUGAAACUAAAUAAGGCUACAAUUAAUACACCAGUUAUUCCGAUCGAUGACGUAUAUGUAGGAAUUCUUCUUCGUGACUUAGGAGUUCAACCAGUGCACAACUUGUACUUUAUGCAGAGUGUCUUGCGUGGCGAGUUUUCCCCGUGUACAAUGCGUCGAAUCGCUGUUUUUCACUAUGACAACAAGAUAAAAAUGACACCUUCUCGACUCCGCGAGCAUUGGAGAAACACAUUUAAUUCUACCACAAAAUGUAAUUAAAAACAUGGAUGGAUGUGUCUGUGUGCGUACUUGAUGAUGGACAGUGGACAUUGUAACGUAAAGUUUUGUUCUCGUAUGGCUCAGGGUAUUUAGGGUAUUUAGCUGAUAUAUUGAAUAUCAUUGUUUUGUUUUCAUAUCAACUCAAAUAUAAUAGUAAUCGCUGCAGAAAAUAAAAUAAUGGUUCC